AUGUCUUUCUCUAUCCGCCAUUAUCUUGCCGCUGGCAUCCGUGGCAUGCGCGUGGCCGCUGGCCUAUCACACGACGACAUCUUUGAUCAAAUGUUCGAAGCUCUCAACAUUCUCCGUCAGCAAGCCGCCCAAAAUGGUGACAUUCAGCCUUACCUCGAAGACUAUGGCCUAGACGACAUCUAUGGCCCGCCUAGUCCGGAGUAUAUCAACCUCACCGAUGUCCCCGGCCAUUCCUCACGCAGUCAUGGAGUGAACAGCAACAACAACCCUGGCCCAGCCCAACCAGGAAACCAGGUUGAUAUGCCUAUUCGCCUCAGUGCAACUCCUCAACCCUUUGAAACCCCCCAGCUCGGCGCAGCUCCACCGCCCUCUGCAGUUGUCCAGCCCACUGUUUACGCUACUGACCCUCAUGCCCCUAUCCCGGCUGUUCAUCGUCCCCCGCCUGAGCCUGUCAUGAACCCGUUCACGUUAAUGCCGAGGAAGAAGGGCGACAAAAGAGAUAACCUGUGGCCCUGCGAGUAUAUCGGCUGCGAUUCUUCGUACACCCGCCGUUACACCGUCAUUGAGCACAUGGUGACUGUGCACGGUAUGCCAGCAAAACCCAAGAGACUCCAACGACCCAGAAAUCCUGCCAACCCUAUCGCUUCAGGCAGUGGAGAGGCGCAGGCUAGUUCCUCUUCUUCUACCUCUCAGAUACAGCCGGCCGGUCCCCCGGGAGCCGCCACUCAGGAUGAUGAGGAUGCAGACAUGGAGGAGUAA